AUGAAACUAUGGCUGCCCUGCUUGUCAUAUCACGCUGCGCUGAGUGCAGUCGCCGCAAAAGCUUUUCUUUCCACAGAGAUUUUCAUGAGUGUCAUUGAGAUCUUUGACUCGACAAGCGAGCUCGAGGUGCAAGAGAAUGUCAUGAAUGCAUUGGAACACAUAAUUAACCAUGAAUCAUCUGCCUGCUCUAUGUUCACCCUUGAAUACAUGGACACACUAUCAGCUAAUCUUGCAAGUAAUGACUCUGCAAUACAGCUAUCGACCAUUGAGAUUGUGUUGGAGAUAGCGACAACAAAGGAUGGUCGGAGCACUAUUAUGUUGAGCAGUGCUCUUGGAAGAAUUAUGAAGCUCGGCACUUCUCCCGACAAUUAUGUCUCCCAAGCAGUACUUUCUGGGGUUGGAUACCUGUGUGGCUACGGUGCGUGA